GGCAGCGACGCUCCAACUUCCUGCUUGCUUCGGCCCCGGGUUCAGAUACUGACGUGGGCAUCCGCCGAGUCCGUCAUUCAGUGCAGUUUAUGAAAAUGUGGUUUGCGUUCUGACAGUGGUAUGAAGUGAGCGGGGCCGGGGAGACGGGCUAAACUCCUACCGGAACCGUAGACUCGGCUUCGGUGGCCACAAUGCAUCGUCCCUCGGUCGGAGGCGGACAUGGACGGGACACCGGAACCGUGUUGGUUACGGCGCUCGCCGUCGUGUUGCUAUGCGCGGUCGGAGUUUCUGCCAUUCAAGAGGAAUCCAAAACAUUUCAGGAGCACAACCAACAGGAAAAAGCCUCCACCGCCCGCCCGGCGGAGCCCGCCGUCGUUGAGGAUCAGGAUGGCUCCAGCAAAGCCAACCUGGGCUUCAUCCACGCCUUCGUGGCUUCUUUCUCCGUCAUCAUCGUCUCUGAGUUGGGGGACAAGACCUUCUUCAUCGCGGCCAUCAUGGCCAUGCGCUAUAACCGCCUGACGGUGCUUACGGGGGCCAUUCUGGCUUUGGCCAUCAUGACCUGUCUUUCAGUGCUGUUCGGCUAUGCUGCCACAAUCAUCCCUAGAAUUUACACCUACUACGUCUCCACCGCCUUGUUUGCCAUCUUUGGGGUCCGAAUGCUGAGAGAAGGGCUGAAGAUGAGUCCAGAUGAAGGCCAGGAGGAGCUGGAGGAGGUGCAAGCAGAGAUUAAGAAAAAAGAUGAGGAGCUACAGCGCUCCAAACUGGCUAAUGGAACUGCUGAUUUGGAGGCAGGAACAGGGAUCACUCUACCUCAGACCAAGUGGUACAGCCUCUGCUCCCCCAUCUUCAUCCAAGCUUUCACCCUGUCCUUCUUGGCAGAAUGGGGCGAUCGGUCGCAGCUGACCACCAUCAUUCUAGCUGCCAGAGAGAACCCGUUUGGAGUUGCAGUGGGUGGCACAGUGGGACACUGUUUGUGCACUGGGCUGGCUGUGAUAGGAGGCAGAAUGAUUGCCCAGAGAAUAUCAGUCAGAACAGUUACGAUCAUUGGAGGGAUCGUCUUUCUGGCCUUUGCCAUCUCGGCUCUGUUCAUCAAGCCAGAAACUGGAUUGUAGCCUGGGAUGAAGGCCUUAGUUUCUCCCUGUAAAUAAGUGUACAUUAAGGUUAGAUAUGAGGGAAGGGCCGUAGUCUGACUGGGUUUGUGUCCAGCAGGCAUGGGAGGAGCGUUUCCCCUGAAGGCCUUUUUGAUCCACAAAUGUCUGAAGACUCAGGUACAGACUGGCACCAAAUCAGCCUAUGACGGCCCACAUCAUGUUACUUUACUUGGUACAGCUCAUGUAGUGUAGGACCCCCCCCCCCCCCCCCCCCCCCCCCAUCAUACACUAGAUCCAAGACUCCAGGAUUGUGAUGAAGACUGGAUUCCUGCCGGCUUUCUUUACAUGCUUCUGUGGCCUUGAGGCCCAUAUGCUGUACCUCUCUUACACUCUGUUAGGCAAUAAGUACAUAAAAAAAUAUUUUUGUUGGUUUUGCUUAUAAAUAUUUGUUUUCCUACUGACUGAUGCCCCCCCCCACACACACACAGACCUCACAGAAAAUCAUUGAAAAGAACCCAGCAGGGGAUUACAGAUUUGAGGCCUGUUUUGUCAUUUAAAACCUUUUCUGUAAAGAUAUCAAUAAGUAUUACCUGUUAUCUUCCAUAGGAGCUGCCUUAUGUCUUUUUUUUUGUCAUAGUAGGAUUUCUUAGAUGCUGAUUUAGGGUACUUCAUGUAUUCACAGGUUUGGAUCUGUACCCUCCUUUGGUGAAACUCUUUCAAUUCAUCCUCUUUGUUUAUUCCAGCAGUAGUGAAGGUGAGACCUCACUUUGCCUUUCAAACGGUGAAUGUCGGCCCUUUUAUUUGUGUUUGAGCUGCAGUACAUGGUUUCAUCAGACACUUUUAACUCUCUUAGUAUUCCUCCUGACAUGAAACGAAAGAAGGAAUAUAAUUGUUUUUAAACUGUACUCUUGUGAAACUUAAGUUUGUGUUUUUUUUCUGAAAGGACUGCAAACCUUUUCUGGAUCUCUAAUCAGUUUUGUUGGGUAAUAAAAUAAAGCACAGUGUGGUUAA